AUGUACAGACAGAGAAUACACAAACUGGAUGGAAUACUCAAUGGCACCAUUGAAUGCCCAGUACAACUUCUGGAUGAUAGCAAUGCCCCUACACUUAAUGAAGAGGGAAGGCCAACUCAAGAAGCAGCUAUUUUAGCCUGGCAUGAUUUGGAUUUACAAGCUCAAGAUUUUAUCUUCAGCACAACUGAAACAGGAGUUAGAAGAACCCUGUUGGAUUGCACAUCUUCCUCUAUGAUGUGGAAUCGUUUGACUCAACAAUAUGAGCAGAGCGCUCCAGAGAACAAACAUGUUCUAAUUGAUCGCAUUAUUCGCUACAAAUACAAUGAAGGAAAUGACGUUAUGGCCCACGUCUCGAAAAUAGAGAGCUUAGUUCAUCAGCUUCACGACAUGGGCACUAUUCUUGGUGAAGAUCAAUUAACCCCCAAAGUGUUAAUGACUCUUCCUGUAAAAUAUGCAAACUUCCGAGAGGCAUGGGCUCUUUUACCGUCUAUUGAGCCAACAAGAGAGAAGAUGAUAGCAAAGCUUCUACUUGCUGAAUCCAUUUACGCCAAUCAUGUUGUUGCCGUUUGUCGAAAGCGCAUUCGGGAGGAAAAAGAAAAAUCAUCUGGCAAUCUAGCGAAUACCGCUAUUAGUGACGAACAGAGUACCGAUGCGUCGUCAAUCAAAUUUUCCUAUCCAGCAUUAGCGAAUACUUCUCUACUCAGCCUCAUUUCUUUCGUGAAUUGGUGUGCUGAUUCGGGUGCAACUAGACAUAUGACUGACAAUCGCGAAUAUUUUACUAAAUUUGUGCCAGUCACGCACGUCUGGACUGUCAAAAGAGUAGGCAGUGUUCACAAGCAAUUACAAGUCAAAGGCCGGGGAGACAUCAUCAUUCGCAGCACAAAGAGUACGAAUAUGCCUGAUGGUAUUUUGCGCGAUGUCCUCUACGUUCCUGGCCUUUGA